CGCGAGGGGCGUGGCCUGAGCGUGGAGCGGGCGGUGCGGUCGCGGGGACCGGGCCCGCGGCGGGGGGCGGGGCCUGCGCAGCGGGCGGCGGCGGCGUUGGCGUCGCUGGGGGCUGGCCUCCGCACUUGGCCGGACCGCCUGAGCCUGGGGCGUUGGCUUCCGCGCCGGUCCUCCGGGAAGUCCACGGAGCAGGGGGCGGGCUCCCUUUCUGGCCCCUGAAGUGUGUGUGGAGCUGACCCCUCCCUCGCCCAGCCCUGCUUUGAGGGAAGCCCCCGCCCAGGGGAAGGGGCUCAGAAGCCGGGGGCCUCUCUAGGAGAAGACGCGGGGUGCCUGGACUUUGCGACCAUGAAGGUCAAGGUCAUCCCUGUGCUCGAGGAUAACUACAUGUACCUGGUCAUCGAGGAGCACACGCGGGAGGCUGUGGCCGUGGACGUGGCCGUGCCCAAGAGGCUGCUGGAGAUCGUGGGCCGGGAGGGGGUGUCACUGACCACUGUGCUGACCACCCACCACCACUGGGACCAUGCUCGGGGUAACGCGGAGCUGGCGCGGCUGCGGCCGGGGCUGGCUGUGCUGGGCGCGGACGAGCGCAUCUGCGCGCUGACCCGCAGGCUGGUGCACGGCGAGGAGCUGCGGUUUGGGGCCAUCCAUGUGCGCUGUCUCCUGACGCCGGGCCACACCUCCGGCCACAUGAGCUACUUCCUAUGGGAAGAGGACUGUCCUGAUCCGCCGGCGGUGUUCUCGGGGGAUGCGCUGUCGGUGGGUGGCUGUGGCUUGCGCCUGGAGAGCACAGCUCAGCAAAUGUAUCAGAGCUUGGUCGAGACCCUGGGUACGCUGCCCCCCGAGACGGUGUUCUGUGGCCACGAGCACACGCUGGGCAACCUUGAGUUUGCACAGAAAGUGGAGCCCGGCAAUGACCACGUGAGGGCCAAGCUGUCAUGGGCCAAGAAGAGGGAUGAGGACGACAUGCCCACAGUGCCAUCCACCCUGGGCGAGGAGCUCCUCUACAACCCCUUCCUAAGGGUGGCAGAAGAGCCUGUGUGCAAGUUCACGGGGAAGGCGGCCCCGGCCGAGGUCCUGGAGGCACUCUGCAGGGAGCGGGCAAGCUUCGAGCGGGCGGCUGAACCCCUGCAGCCGCAGGCCCGGGCUCUCCUGGCACUGCAGUGGGGGCCCUGAGCACACCCCAACAGAAGUGAGCCCCAAGUGGACCCACCGUGCGGCCCGGCAGCACAUCUCUUCUCCUUCAACCCUCGGCACAUUGAGCCCACAGGAGGGUUGCGUCUGGAACCUUCCAUGGCCCCACCCAGCUGGCUGUCUGGCUUUGGAGGGUAGGCACCCUGGCAGGGGACGUAUGAGGCCCCUCUCUGGGGUGCACGUGAGCCCUGAGACCUGGGUGUUUGGGAAGCAGCCUAGUGGGGUGCACGGGGCUUUUGAACUUUGAAUAAAGCUUUGAAAGACUU